CGGCUCACCUGACUGGGGCCUCACGUGGGCUCAGCCUGCUGAGAGAGAUCCCCGGUGGGACAUGGCGGGCUCCAGGCUCUGGGUUUCGCUGUUGCUGGGGGCGUCGUUAACGUUUUGGGCCUCCGCGGUGUGGCCCUGGCCCCAAUACAUCCAAAUCUAUUCCCAGUGCUACACCCUCUACCCCAACAACUUCCAGUUCCGGUACCAUGUCAGUUCGGCCGCUCAGCCGGGCUGCGUUGUCCUGGACGAGGCCUUCCGACGCUACCGUAACCUGCUCUUCGGUACCGGCUCUUGGCCCCGGCCCAACUUCGCAGGGAAGCAGCAGACAGAGGGGAAGAACAUGCUGGUUAUCACUGUGAUGACAGCAGAAUGUAACGAGUUUCCUUCUUUGGAGUCAGUGGAAAAUUAUACCCUGACCAUAAAUGAUGACCAGUGUUUACUCACCGCUGUGACAGUCUGGGGAGCUCUCCGAGGUCUGGAAACUUUCAGCCAGCUUGUUUGGAAAUCAGCUGAGGGCACAUUCUUUAUCAACAAGACGAAGAUUAAAGACUUCCCCCGCUUCCCUCACCGGGGCUUGCUGCUGGAUACGUCUCGCCACUACCUGCCGCUGUCUACCAUCCUGGGCACACUGGAUGUCAUGUCAUACAAUAAAUUCAACGUGUUCCACUGGCAUAUGGUCGAUGACCCUUCCUUCCCAUAUGAGAGCUUCACUUUUCCAGAGCUCACCAGAAAGGGGUCCUACAACCCUGUCACCCAUAUCUACACAUCACAGGAUGUGAGGGAAGUCAUUGAAUAUGCGCGGCUGCGGGGUAUCCGCGUGGUGGCAGAAUUUGACACUCCUGGCCACACUUUGUCCUGGGGGCCAGGUAUCCCUGGGUUAUUGACUCCUUGCUACUCUGGGUCCCUUCCUUCUGGCACCUUUGGACCAGUGAAUCCCAGUCUCAACAGUACCUAUGACUUCAUGAGCACAUUCUUCCUGGAGAUCAGCUCUGUCUUCCCGGAUUUUUAUCUUCACCUGGGAGGAGAUGAAGUUGACUUCACCUGCUGGAAGUCCAACCCCAAUAUCCAGGCCUUCAUGAAGAAAAAAGGCUUUACUGACUUCAAGCAGCUAGAGUCCUUCUACAUCCAGACACUGCUGGACAUCGUCUCUGAUUAUGACAAGGGCUAUGUGGUGUGGCAGGAGGUGUUUGAUAAUAAAGUAAAGAUUCGGCCAGACACAAUCAUACAGGUAUGGCGGGAAGAGAUACCUGUAGACUACAUGAAGGAAAUGGAACAGAUCACCAAGGCCGGCUUCCGGGCCCUGCUCUCUGCCCCCUGGUACCUGAAUCGUAUAGCAUAUGGCCCUGACUGGAAGGACAUGUACAAAGUGGAGCCCCUCGGAUUUCAUGGUACUCCUGAAAUGAGGAAUCUGGUCAUUGGAGGAGAGGCCUGUAUGUGGGGAGAGUAUGUGGACAGCACAAACCUGGUCUCCAGGCUCUGGCCCAGAGCAGGUGCUAUUGCUGAGAGACUGUGGAGCAGCAACCAGACAACUGACAUGGAGUUUGCCUAUAAACGUUUGUCACAUUUCCGCUGUGAGCUGCUAAGGCGAGGAAUCCAGGCACAGCCCAUCAGUGUAGGCUACUGUGAACAGGAGUUCGAGCAUACCUGAGCCAGUAGCCCCAAGCACCCAGGAGGGUGCUGGCCCUAUGAAAGCAGUAAUGGGCCAGGCUUCCGCUGUGUCCCGGCCAGAGGACAGAGCCCCUUGCUCACAUGCCCCUGUGGCUGGAAAGAAAGAGGCUGGUGCUGGCGCUGGUGUUCAAUAAAGAGCAAUGUGGCAUUUUUCUCUAAUGAA